CAUGACGUUUUUAAAUGUGUUGAACCCUCAGCAGCAGCAGGGUGACUGCUCUCUGUAUCAGUCCAUCAAGUGUGUGUGUGUGUGUGUGUGUGUGUUUGGGUGUGUGUAAGUGUCUGCUCUUACUCUUACACACAGAGAGCAGGAGACACGCUCCUCUGAGAACAACAGCUGGGCCAUGGUGAAGCUCCGCGGUAGAGGGGACGCGGAUCAGACCUGCAGGCCGACGCAGAGGCUCCACACACCGGCCAGGAGCACACCAGAGAGGAGGAGGAGAUCCGGGCUGUCCAAUGGAUUUACCAGCGACCAUGACGACCAGAGCUACGUCGAUUCAGACACAUACGAUGAGGAGGAGGAGGAGGAGGAGGAGGAGGAGGAGGAGCGGAAACCACAGCGAGGCACCGUGAGGAAGUCCAUUCGGCUUCUGGACUGUCCAGGCGGCAGAAGGAGCAGGCUGAGGAGAAGCACCCGGGCGACCAAACCCACCAGCAGGUACCAGUCCUCCAACAUGUUCGAUGGCAUCAGCACCAAUGUGAGCCGCUCUGUCAUGAACACGAUGGACAACAUGAAGAAGAAGCGACGGCUGAAUCACAACAACGAAGGAAAGAUCUACUCCAAAGCUCAGAGGAGGAGGACUCCGGUGACACCAGAGAGAGACGUCAGCGACAGAGAGGAAGGCCGAGGCGCUGUUGAUGAGGACGACAGCAGACAGGGGACGGCCGCAGACGCCGACAAGACCUUUGACGCCAAACUGAGCCGGGCGUCGUUGCUCUACCCGGGAUCGAGCAGCGAGUUCCCGAGAGGAACCUUCCGGAUCAGCGCCUCCGGACCAAACACGACACGCAGAGGAGCGUUCAGACCCACAAAGAGCGCCUGGUCCAAUCAGUCCGAUGAAGACAACGACUCCGACAACGAAGUGCAAAACACUGAGAAGGUCCCUGGAAGUUGUCGCCCGCUCGGCCUGCGAGGAGACGAUGUUUUGGGGACUCACAGAGAUAAGAUGAGUUCAGGAGCUGGCCUGGCCGACAUCGAUCCCAUGGCCAUCGACCAAUCCGUGGGGUUUGAAAGCAUCGGGGGUCUGUCGGGUCACAUCUCCGCCCUGAAGGAGAUGGUCGUCUUCCCUCUUCUCUACCCAGAGGUCUUUGACAACUUCAAAAUCCAGCCUCCGAGAGGUUGUCUCUUCUACGGACCUCCUGGGACGGGGAAAACGCUGGUGGCCCGGGCGCUGGCUAACGAGUGCAGCCAUGGGAACAGGAAGGUGUCGUUCUUCAUGAGGAAGGGCGCCGACUGCCUCAGCAAGUGGGUGGGCGAGUCGGAGCGGCAGCUGCGUCUGCUGUUUGAGCAGGCGUAUCAGAUGCGUCCCUCCAUCAUCUUCUUCGACGAGAUCGACGGCCUGGCUCCGGUGCGGUCCAGCAGACAGGACCAGAUUCACAGCUCCAUCGUGUCGACGCUGCUCGCUCUCAUGGACGGCCUGGACAGUCGAGGGGAGGUCGUGGUGAUCGGGGCGACUAACCGGCUGGACUCCAUCGACCCGGCGCUGAGGCGACCCGGACGCUUCGACAGAGAGUUCCUGUUUGGACUGCCGGACAGAGAGUCUCGUAGAGAGAUUCUGAAGAUCCACACGCUGCAGUGGAAACCUCCUCCAUCUGAAGACUUCCUGGAAGAACUGGCUGAGAAAUGUGUCGGUUACUGCGGCGCUGACAUCAGAGCAGUAUGCACCGAGGCGGCGCUCUGUGCUCUGCGACGCCGCUACCCUCAGAUCUACAGCACCUCCCAGAAGCUCCUCCUCGACGUCUCCUCCAUCGCCGUCAGCAGCUGCGACUUCGUGGCAGCCAUGAGAAAGAUGACGCCGGCCUCUCACCGCCUCGCCACCUCGCCCGCCAAACCACUAUCGGCAGUGGUUCAGCCGCUGCUGGGCGCCGCCCUGCGAGACAUCCUGGAGACUCUGCAGAGGCUGUUUCCUCACGCCGAGCAGGGGAUGAAGAGGAAGAGGGAGCCAGAUCUGACCGCCGGCGUCCUCGAUGACGUGCUGAUGUGUGGGAGAGAUGAGAACUCCUGCUCGGCCAGUAUCUCCACCCCCUCCACCUCCAAGAGCACAAAGCUCCUUCACUUCCCCAGGAGCGCGGUCAGACACCCGACGUCACACCGCCCUCGGCUGCUCCUGGCAGGUCGUCCCGGUGCGGGUCAGACCUCUCACCUGGCUCCGGCGGUCCUGCACGCUUUGGAGCGUUUUCCCGUCCACAGCCUGGACUCUGCCGUGCUGUUCGGAGUCAGCUGUACGUCCCCGGAGGAAGCCUGCGCUCAGGUGUUCAUCGAGGCCAAGCGGACGUCCCCCAGUGUCCUCUUCCUCCCUCACAUCCAGCAGUGGUGGGAGACAGCAGGGCCCGCGCUGAGAGCCUCCUUCCUCAGUCUGCUGGGAGGCAUCCCCUCCUUCUCCCCCAUCCUCCUCCUCGCCACCUGCAGCCUCCCCCCUCAGCACCUGGACCCGGAGAUUCAGUCUCUGUUUCGGGCGGAGCGCGGCGAGGUUCACACCGUCAGCGUUCCCACCCGGCAGGAGAGGACCGACUUCUUCCAUGACCUCAUUCUGGACCAGGCGGCCGAGGCUCCGCCUUCAAAGGCGACAGGGACUCAGGCGAUGGAGAUCCUCCCCGUGGCUCCCAUGACACGCCCUCGUCGACUUCCAGACGAGGAGUGCCGACGCCUGGAGGAGCAGGAGGAGGACGUGCUGGGGGAGCUCCGCCUCUUCCUGCGUAACGUCACCGAGCGUCUGUCUCUAGAUCGACGCUUCGAGGCCUUCACCAGACCGGUCGACUUUGAGGAGGUUCCAGAUUACCUGCUGGUGAUCAGGAAGCCCAUGGACCUCUCCACGCUGCUCACCAACAUCGACCGGCACAGAUACGUCACCGUGAGAGAGUUCAUGGCCGACGCUGGCCUCAUCUGGGAGAAUGCGCUCGAGUACAACCCCGACAACGACCCCAUGGGCCGACACAUCCGUCACCGGGCGUGCGCUCUGAAGGACACGAUGCGGGCCAUCAUCAGAGACGAGCUGGACGAAGACUUUGAGAGAGAGUGUGAGGAGAUCAGAGAGUCCCGCAUCAGGAGAGUUUCUCCGGGUGGGGCAGACUCAGACGAGACUGACGGCGUCUACGGAUCUGCUUUCUCUCCAAACAGCCCCAGAGCGCGUAAGAAAAGGAGUUACAAACGACCGAGGAGGUCCAAGUGGAGCAGGGGGAUCAUCCAAAAACCCAAGAAGAGGCCGCCGGUCUCCUCUUCCUCCUCCUCCUCCUCCUCCUCCUCCUCUUCCUCCCCUUCUUCCCUUUCCUCCUUGUCUGAAUUGAGCAGCUCGUCCGACCUGCCAGAGAGCAGCUCAAGCAAGCAGAGCUGCCUGACGCCCCCAAACUGGAACCACAACAACUCUAACGGGGUCCUUGUGAACGGAUACCACCGACCCCGACCGAGCAGCAUCCUCAGGGUUCAAACCCGGACCUCGACGACCCCCCUGAAUCAGCAGAAGACGGUGAACAGGGUGUGUUUGAGAUUAAAAGAGACGCGUCACAGAGCCAGCAAAGCGUCGUUGGAGCAGAUGCAGAUGCUGAGCAGAGGAAGAUCUGAGGAGACGCCGGACGUGGAAACGCCACGGCUGGUCGUCGAUCACAGCAAGCUGAGGGAUCUCCUCAGCAGAGCCGUGUCCAAAACAGACGGCGUGGAGGCGGAGUCAGUGGAGAAACUUUACGCUCUGCUGGCUCAGAGCAUCUACAGACACAGAGACCGCUACAACAAGACCGAGCUAACGCAGGAAAUGAAGAAAGAAAUCGACAGCUUCUCUUGAUGCCACACAUUACGUCUAUUUUAAUAAAACCUCAUUUUAAAGCAGUUUUAUUUAUAGCAGAGUUUAUGUUUUAUCAUAUAUUUAUAAAUGUGUAAUUGUAAAAGAGCAUGCAGUGUUAUUGAUUAUAUUAUAGCCAUGAAUAAAGGAGCUACUGAGGCUUCAUUGAGAA